AUGGUCCAACAGACGGUUCUCAUCACAGGCUGCAGUGAAGGCGGAAUAGGCGAUGCCCUUGCGCAAGCCUUCCACAAGAAAGGGCUUCGGGUUUUCGCAAGCGCUCGCAAUCCCGCCAAAGUUGAACACCUCAAGGAUGCUGGCCUCGAGACUCUGCAGCUAGAUGUCACCGACCAAGGGUCGAUCAAAAAAGCAGUGUCAAUCGUCAAGGCUGCAACGGGUGGAUCCCUGGAUUUCCUCGUCAACAACUCGGGUGCAGGGUACAGCAUGCCUCUGCUAGAAUCGGACAUGGCUGUCGCCAAGCAGAUGUUUGACGUCAAUUAUUUCGCUGUCGUUGCGGUGACUCAAGCAUUCGCGCCGCUUCUGAUUGCCGCGAAAGGAACCAUUAUCAACAUUGGCUCCGUGGUUGGCAACAUGCCACUACCAUGGCAGGGCUUUUACGGUGCAAGCAAAGCUGCCGUCGCCAUCUUGACCGACCAGAUGCGCCUCGAGUUAUCGCCUUGGGGAGUCCGGGCCAUCCUCGUCACCACGGGUGUAGUGAAGACAAAGUUCUUUGACAACCUUGCGACUGCACCUAAGCUACCCGAGAGCUCUCUCUAUUACCCAGCAAAGGAUGUAAUCGAGCCAGCACUGGCGGGAACGGAGCUUGGUAAAAGUGCCAUGGAUGUGGAUAUGUAUGCCGAGAUUGUUGUUAACAACGCGAUCCGACCAAGUCCCAAGAUGCAUCUCUGGGCGGGAGGAAAUGCACUUUUCACUUGGCUGGCUUCAACAUUCGGCUGGGCGACUAUCUGGGUAUUGUUUUCUCUCUCUUGUAUCCGUCAGCCCCAUUCAGAUUAUCUGACUAGUUUCUCAGGACCUUAUACUCCCCCCUAUCGUACACAUGUCGGAUGUAACAAACAAGAUCCGGGCCGCCGAGAAGGUGGACCAGGGUCGCCAGAAAAGCGACUAAGUAUUUCUCUACCAAAGUCUGCUUCCACGAAAGAGGCAUGUCAACUUCCCUCUCCCAACAUUCUAAUUGGGCCGGUGUGUUUUGUAUGGCUUUCCUUCAGUCGUGUCGUACACAUGAAUUUAAUCAAUUGA